AUGAAAAACCAUAUCACGCCAGCGCUUGCGCAAGACCUUAGAUCUCAACUGGAUGCCAGCACCAAACUUGUGACACCCAGUUCCCCUGAUUAUGGGACGGCGAUUAUGCGGUGGUCGGACACGGCGGUCAGACCUGCAGUAUGGCGCCGUGGCAUUCCCUCAGACUGGAAAUUUGCAUCCCAACACCAGCUCGAUCUUGCUGUGAAAGGUGGUGGGCAUUCAACCGGCGGCACUAGUUCAUCUGAAGGUGGGCUGGUCAUUGAUCUUGCCCAGAUGCGGCAAGUCACAGUCAACGAAGAGGAGAAGAUCAUUACUGCUCAGGGCGGUGCCCUAUGGGGAGAUGUGGACAAAACAGCAGCCCAAUACGGCCUUGCCACUGUGAGUGGCACGGUUAGUCAUACUGGGAUCGGGGGCCUUACUCUAGGCGGUGGUUUUGGCUGGCUAAGUGGGGAGCAUGGGCCCGUAAUUGACAACCUUGUUGGGGCAAAGGUUGUUAUUGCUAAUGGGGAGAUCCUCAAUGCAUCAGAGACUGAGAACCAGGAUCUUUUCUGGGCGAUCCGUGGUGCCGGUCACAACUUUGGGGUGACCGUGGAAUUCCGGUAUCAAGCUUAUGAGCAACCGAACCCCAUCUAUGCUGGUAGACUGGUGUUCAGCCCGGAUAAGUUGAGCAAACUCAUGAAUGUGCUCAAUGAGAGGCAUUGGAGCCCCAAUCCGAAAGCUGGCUUGCAUUGCAUUUUUGCUAAACCAUCAUCAGAUGCGACGGGCCCCAAGAUUAAUGUGGUCCUCUUUUAUAAUGGAGAUGAACAAGCUGCGAGGAAGCAUUUCGGUGGUAUAUUUGACCUGGGCCCUGAGACUACGAGCCUAUCAUCGAUCCCAUACCCUCAGGUGAACGAGUUACUAAAUGAUAUGGCCCGACCCGGCGGCCGAAGGGCAUUAAAGGGCGCCACCUUCACACCUCCUAUCCGAAUAGAAUUCGUGCAGUGGCUAUGGGAAGAAUUCACCAGGAAGCUCCGCGAGGAGCCCGAUCUGGACCAGGACAGGACAUUUUUUACCAUUGAGUUUUACGAUAUGACCCAGAUCGCUAAAGUCACCGUUGAAGCAACGGCUUUCCCAACACGAGGCUUCUACCAAGGAGGCAUGCUGGGAAUCACCUGGUCCGACCCCAGAAAAGACGACCAAUUCCGGGAAUGGGGCCGCUAUUUGCAAUCGAAGUGCAGAGAUGAGAUCAAAAAGAUUGUUGCUCAGCCACAGUCUGGAACAAUACUGGAAUAUGCCAAUUAUAGCGAACCUGGCGACCUGAACUACCAUGCUCCAUUUGGUGUGAAUCAGAAGAAACUGGCUCGACUCAAGGCCAAGUUCGAUCCGGCGUGUCUUUUCCACAGGACCAAUCCGAUCACACCGGAAUUCGACUGA